AUGGAGCACCAGAUUAAACGCAAGACUGUUCACAGUUUUGAAGGCCAUCCAACACAUCGCAUGUAUGCCCACAGUGUCAUCGGAGGUGCGGGCGGCCGUGGGACCAGUAUCUCCACCGCCACCUAUGGCACGCGAGUUGGCAGCUUUGGCAGUGGGUAUGACUACAACCCCUUGAUCUCUGCGUUCACUGGUGCAGACCUGGCCAUCGCAAGUGAGAAGACAACCAUGCAGCACCUGAACGACCGGCUGGCCAUCUACCUGGAGAAAGUCAGGAAUCUGGAAAAGGCCAACAGCAAGCUGGAGAUCAAAAUCAGGGAAGCCAAUGAAGAAAGAGGCCUUUUGAGUGGGAAGGACUACAGCAAGUACAAACCCAUCAUUGAAGAUCUGAGAGCCAAGAUAUUAGAAAGGAUCAAGGAGAACACACAUCUCGCCAUCUCCUUUGACAAUGCACGCAUGGCCUCAGACGACUUCAGAACCAAGAUGGAGUACGAGCUGUCCAUGCAUCUUAUAGUGGAGGCUGAUAUUGCCAGACUGAGGAAGAUUCUGGACGACACCAACGUCACUUGUCUGCACCUGGAGAGCGACAUUGAGUCUCUGAGAGAAGAGAAGAUUCACAUGGAGAAGAAUCAUGAGAUUGAGGUCGCUGAAUUGCUCGCCCAGAAAAACCAAUUUGCCGUCAACGUCGAUGUUGACGCUCCUAAAGGACAAGACCUGGCCAGGGUCAUGGAGGAGAUGAGGGCUAAGUACGAGAGUAUAGGACUGAAGAACCAAGAGGAGGCCAAAGCGUGGCAUGAAUCUCAGAUUAAGGAGAUAAAGGUCCAAGUGACUGAGAACACAGCAGCUCUGAAUGAUGCCACGACAACACUGACUAAUACCCGGAGGAAAUAUCAGACACUGGAUAUUGAACUGCAGUCUGCACUUAAUACGAAUGCAACACAGGUGGCCACUCUCCGUGACAUUAACGUUCAUAACAACAUUGAGGUGGAGAAGUACAACAAAGUCAUCCUGAUGCUGCAGGAGGAGCUGACUAAGAUCCGCACAAACAUCCAGAAUGAAAAAAGAGAUUACGAAAACCUGCUCAACAUUAAAAUGAAACUGGAGGCCGAGAUUGCCGAGUACAGAAGGUUGCUGGAAGGCGGGCCACCCUUAAGACUGGAGGAUGCAGUGGACCUGAAGAAGAUCAAGACCCAAGUGGUGACAAUCACUCAGACCCUGGUGGAUGGCAAAGUGGUGUCAGAGGACAAAAACGUGAAAUCUACUGAGUCAACUGUCAGUUAACAGCAACAGCUGUUUAUUAGAAACUGAAAAAAAACCCUGUAACAAAACAAAAUGACCAACAGAGGCGUACCACACAUGUGACUGCUUUUUUUAGAUUAGUGUUGAGGAGCAAAGCAAUAAUUACAAUGUAUUACAAUUCAUUUUGCAUUAAUACACUCCCCACUGAUUAUGAGACAUGUAUUAUCCAUAUACUCCAUAUUCGUAUUUGCCUUAAAAGAGUAGUUUGGCAUUCAAGGAAAUAUGGUAAUUGGCUUUCUUGUCCAUGGUUAGAUUAGAGGAAUGAUAUUGGUUUCGUGCCCCAAUACAAGCUAACUUAGCAUAGCUUAGCAUUAAGACUGGAAAGAGUAGGGCUGUCUGUGUCCAAAGGUAAAAAGGAAAAUCCCCUGAACAUCACCAUAAAGCUCACUGAUGUCAUCUCUUGUACAAAUAACAAGGUGUAGAGUUGUUACACAGUCAAUAUUUCUU